UUGAUGGUGAAGGGUUCCAAGUGCGCAGCAAUGGUGGACACCGGGGCAGAGAUGAACAUUAUUCGGGAGGCGGACGCGAUCCGAUUCGGGCUGGAUAUAGACCGUUCUGACUGCGGUAUUCUGCAUGGAGCCAACUGUAGGGCCAUGUUUUCCGGGACAGCCUCGAAUGUGCUCGUCGAGGUUGGAAAGGUGAAGGUCAGGGCAUGCUUCUUCAUAAUGUCAGACGUGGACCAUGGAAUCCUCCUGUGGAGGUCAUUCCUAAGCAGGACAGAGACCGUGAUGUUCAACAAACAUGAUGGGACGUUGAUCCUCCUCUUAUGUGAUCCUGCCUGCGGGAAUUAUGAAAUAAUUACUUGCCGGAAUACCGGGCCAAGGAGUAUAAGGAACCAGCCCAAUCCGGGAUCAUUCACAAUCGAGGAGUCGGAAGGGGAGCGCAGAAGGCUCUGGGCAGAGCCCGAAGUAGGAGAGAGGGUGGAAGCAUUUUCCCUCAGCCUGUUAGAUGUUGGGAAGGCCAUGGACCUGGUGGCCGCGCAUGAGAUGGCAGAUCCGGAUGCCAUCCAGGCCUUGAGGGAACAAGUUCUGGAAUGCCCUGAGGCAGGAAGGUUGGAAUUCGUAUAUCAGCUCCCUGGCAGUGGAGGGAACCCCGCAUCAGUGCAAACACAAUCCGAUUUGCAAAGACUGAAUGCAGUGACCGUGCAAGAUGCUGGAGGACUGCCGAAUGCAGACGCGUUGUGGGAAUCCUGUGCUGGAAGGCCUAUAAUAUCGCUUAUAGACCUUUACUCAGGAUACGAUCAGUUCCCAGUCUACCCGCCGGAUAGGCCAGUGACGGCUAUGCACACGCCGCGAGGAUUAGUCCACAUGAACGUGGCCCCACAAGGGUGGACCAACGCAGUCGCAAUGGUCCGACGGGCCAUGAUUCGGGCCAUGCAGUCAGUCAGCCCCCAUAUCACACAGCCAUACAUUGACGAUUUGGCAGUGAAGGGGCCGGCGACGAAAGAGAGCGACGAAGUUUCACCAUGGGUAAGGCGCUUUGUCUGGAAGCACAUUCAGAACCUCGAAAAGGUCCUAAGCCUGCUCGAAGAGCAUAACCUCACGGCAAGCGGGGCUAAAUCCAGACACUGCAUGAGGGAAGCGACUAUCUUGGGGAUAGUCUGCAAUGACAAGGGCCGAAGGCCGGAUGUGAAGAAGACGGACAAGAUUACUGAGUGGCMAGUUCCGUUCCAYUCAAUAACUGAUGUCAGGAGCUUCCUUGGUACGUGUGGAUUUUGGAGGGCCUUCGUCAAGAACUUUGCCGCUAAGACUGAACACCUGAGGAAGUUAGUCCGUCAGGAUCAGGAAUGGGUAUGGGGUGAGGAACAAGAAGAGGUGGUAGCAAAAAUGAAGGAGGAAUUUCGAGAAGGAGGGUUGGUGUUAAGAGCACCAGAUUAUGACGCCACAGAGACGCGACCCUUCAUUGUCGAGACGGAUGCGGGACCGACAGCCUUAGGGGGAGUUCUGAUUCAGGCAGACAUGGAAGGGAAGGAAAGACCCUUGCGAUUUGAGAGCCGGACUCUCUGUACGACGGAGAGGAACUACUCUCAGUUCAAGAGGGAGACCCUUGYUGUCCUCCAUUGUCUGCGAAUCUUCCGGAAUUAUAUCUUUGGCAGGAGGUCUGACUUUACGAAGACAGCCAUGCCAAGAGGAGGGAAGGGGACACGACCGCCUCAAAGGCCGUUGGGCGCAUCAGGAGGAUAUGAGCGGCAUGGACCUCGCCAACGAGAGAGUACUCCAGUCUACAAUGAUGGGGACAUCGAGCUAUUCCUGGACAGUUUCUGGGAGCAUGCGAGGCGUAUGGGUUGGACCGUCAUUCAGGCGAUUGAGAGAUUGAGGGGAGUAGGUAGGUUCGAAGAGCCCAUUGCCAGGAUUCGUAGGGAGGCGACGACGAGGCAGGAGGUGGAGAUAAGGAUGGAGGAGUUGCGGCCCUCGCCUGUGGGACCUGAUGGCAGGCCGAUCCGCCUGGAGAUUGGAAAUGUGUCGGACUUCAUCCCCGCGUUUGAGUGGUUCAUGCAAGAGCAGGGCAUACUGAGAGAUGAUUGGAUACAGACGCUGCCACUCUGGACUAGGAAGGCGGAAAGGCCACUGGCUAUGCAGAUCAGGGACAUGGCACGAGAUUGGGAGAGUUGCAGGGCACAUUUGAGAGAGGUCUUUCGACGGCCAGAGCUCCCUCAGCCCAGAGUCGAGAGGCGGCAGAGGAGUCAGAGGCCGAGGGACCCUGAGCCCAGGGAGGCGAGACCAUCUCGAGGAGGACGGAAGGCCCUAGCCAGGAGAGAGCAGGAGCCAGAGGAUGAGGAGCGAGGGGCAUACCCCGAGUGUGGGUUGGGGCCAGUGGAGUUCCAUCGUUUUACUGAGGGUGGAUUGAGGAGGUCGCCAGCACACACACAGGGGAAGCCACCAGCGUCAGAGGGGCCCUUGAGGGAAUUGGAGAUGCAUUUAGAUAUUUCUCGGUGGAGGGCAUCGCUUCAGGGAGAGGAGCAUGGAGAGCAGGCAGAGGAGGUGUCACGAGGGGAGGUGCCACGAGAGGAGGUGCCACAGGGGGAGAUACCACGAGAGGAGUUGCCGCGGGAGGAGGUACCACAGGAAGAGAUCCGGGGUACUCAGCAAGAGAGAGGGCUGGGUGAUGAGGGGAGAUGUGCAGGAAAGGAAGUGAUAGAGGUUGGAGAGGACACGCCCCCACAGACGCCAAUGGUGGGUUUGAGACUCGGGGAUGCACCAGGGAGCACCCGGCCGGCAAAUGAGGGGUUGCAGAGAGAGGAGACCCCUUUACCUUCGUCAGGAAAAACUCCUUCGCCAGAAGGGAGGGCAGAAAGGAGGAGAGAGAGGGCAGCUGUAAGGAGAGAAGCCAUGAUCCUGAUUCAUAGGUACCUAGUAGCUCAUGCCCUGGAGCACCCAGACCUCGAGGAGCCAGCACCUGCAGAGCCACGCCAUGAGUCAUGCCAGCACGAGAAGGAGAUGGAAGCAGAAAUCCCAAAGAGGGUCGACCUCCGCACGAGGGAAAGGGUGCCAGCUGGAGAGACGGCCGAAGAAAAGAGGGCAAGGCGAACCAGGCGGAUAGAUGAGAUAUGGCAGGAAAGGCAGAGGUUGGAGGCAGCAGGGGAGCUCCCGGAGCAGCAGCAGGAGAGGCAGAGAUCGGAGGCAGCAGGAGCACUCCCWGGUCAGCCACCCARCRCACCAACUAGGGCCCCRGAGAUUCCUGAAAUGUGGAAAGACUUCUGGGAGCAGAGAGGAGAGAAGCUUCCAUCGCCAGUCAGAGCCGGGUUUGGGGUGGCCAGGAAGGCGGAAGAAAGGUUAGAUCGUAAAAUCAAAUUCCUGGCCAAGACCACUUUUGACCGGCACUUGUUAUUGGAGGGCGAUCUGGCGGGGAAGAAAAUGAAGGAAGCCAGCCAUGUAGUACGUUUGGAGGCUAUGGAGGUGGAAAUUCAGGAACUUAAGGCUUUGGUGGCCAGCCAGGCAGCUAUCAUUGAGAACCUGAGGCAGCGAACCCAGGGAAAGGUGGACAGACCAGAGAGCAGCUGGCAGAGAGAGCAGAGGCAGACAGGACAGGGAUUGCGAGGACAGCCAUCUGCGAUAGAGCCUCGUCAGGAGCCACCUAUGGGGAAGGUUAUCCUGGAGCUAGAGGAGGCGAGAGCACAAAGACAGGCAGAGAGAGCAGUGGCAGACAGGACAGGGAUUCCCAGGACAGCCAUCUGCGAUAGAGCCUCGCCAGGAGCCACCUAUGGGGAAGGUUAUACUGGAGCCAGAGGAGGCGAGAGCCCAGAGACAGGCAGAGAGAGAGGCGUUCAAGUUUAGAGCCCCCACCGAGCUCGCGACGCUGCCAGUGGCGGGGACAGGCCCAGUCGUACCUUUGGCAGUAGAAGAGGGGCUGUCACCAUCUAGCAGUGAGCCGGCUCAGGGCUCGGCAGAGGGAUUCUUGGGCGUGCUCGUUGAGGCAGUGCAUACUAUGCAGGACGAGGUGAGUUUGUUUUCACCUGAGCAGAGGAUAAAGGAACCUCUUGAGA